AAUGGUAGAUAAGAUAAAAAUUAAGCAAUUAAGGGUAAAUUUAAAAAAGUUCAUUUUGGAUCCAGUUAUAUAUAGGCCAUUGCUCUUUAUAUUUUUUUUUAUGGCCACACCUUCUCCAGCAACUUCAAUGUUUUAUUUUUACAUAAAUCAACUAAAGUUAAAUGAUGAAUUUUUUAUAACUCUCAGGUACACUUAUAGUUUUUGUACAAUUAUGGCAGUUACAGUAUAUUAUCUGUUUAGAAAGUAUCCUUUUGGACAAUUUUUAUCAGUAUCGAAUAUGUUAUAUUUCUUUGCUUCUUUCUUAUCAUUACUAUUAGUUACAAGAAUAAAUAUUUAAUAUAAUAUUCCAGACUAUUAAUUUUGUAUGUGGGAUAAUAUUUUAAUGCAAACCCUAUAAGAAAUCAAUACACUUCCAGUUCUUGUUUUGGGAGCAAAGAUGUGUCCAUAAAAUUUAGAAGGUAGAUUAAAUUAUUGAAAUAUUAGGGACUGUAUACAGUUUAUUAACAGGAACAAUGAAUUUGGGAAAUACAAUAUCGAAAUAAAUAGGAAUAGUUUUGACUUUCUAUUUGGGAAUAACAAAUUAGAAUUUUACACAUCUAUGGCUUUUGAUUUUGAUUUGUACAGUGGGAUCUUUAUUACCAAUGCCAUUUAUUGGGGCUGUUAAUGAAUAAGAAGUAGAUCAAAAAAAGAAAAGUUUAGCUAAGGAAGAUAUUCAUAUAAAAGUAGAAUGA